GAUACCAAGGGGGCUCCAUUAGAUUUAACAACCCUGAGUCCAACUGCCCUGUUAAGAGGGUAGGGGGUGCUGGUAGCUGUGCUACUGCAGAAACAAUGCCCCCAGAAGUGCUUCAUUGCCGUUCUCUUGCAACUCCUCUUGUUCAGUUUUCUCCUGCACUCUUGCCUGAGACACAACACGAUCUACCCAUUAUUUACAAAUAUUGCAGAGGACGGAGAAGGAUGAACAUCGCCGUAAAGAAAGUUAUCCCGGUCCUCCUCAUGAUCCUAUCAAGUUUCUCCAUCAUCAGAUUUCUUUUGAUCACAAUCACUAAUUCAUCCAGUUCCUCUUCAAAGCCUACUUUACCCACUAUUGUUCACCACACAUGCCUUUUUCCCCCAUGCAUUGAGGGUCCAACAAAUCAGCUAAAAACCUCUGCCAAUGCCAGCACCCUCACAGAAAAGGAAUUUCUGCUCCUAUCAAAUCUUAUUAUCAACAAGGCCCCCUGCAACCUGCUUAUCUUUGGGUUUGCAUACCAAUAUCUGAACCUCUCGCAGAUCAAUGAAGGUGGCACCACCAUCUUUCUAGUGGAUGAGAUUGACGACCUAAGCACAAUCAAAGCAAAUUCAAAUAGCACUAGAACGUACAAGGUUGAUUAUCAGAUACCUGGCAACAAGGCUUUCAAGCUGCUCAAGCAAGCAAGACAGAAUCCAGCCUGUGCACCUAGCUCAGGACCGCUUCAGAGAUCGACAUGCAAGCUUGCAUUGACAAAUCUACCGCAAGUAGUAUACCAGCACAAGUGGGAUGUGAUAGUGGUCGAUGGACCGAGUGGAGAUACACCAGAGGCACCAGGUAGGAUGCCAACAAUCUAUACUGCUAGUAUAAUAGCCAGAUCUGGGAACGCAACAGAUGUAGUCAUACAUGAUGUCCAUCGAGUGGUAGAAAAGUGGUUUUCGUGGGAGUUCCUAUGUGAAGAGAACUUGGUUUCUUCCAAAGGGAGCCUAUGGGUUUUCAGGAUCAGAGAUCAAUUCAAUUCUACUAAAUUUUGCGCAGCUAAUACUGUUGUGAUAGUGUAAUAUAAUUCUUUUUGUCAAAA